UCGGAUUAUUUUGGUAGAUCCAGGCCCAAACUAAAAGUAACAUGAAUGCCGAAACGGAAAGAAUAAACACAUACAAACUAAAAAGUGUUGUCAGCUUGAUGGGAUGGUGAUCUGGUGCUAGUGGGAUGUCAGCAACACAGGAAUGCUGUGGAAAUUCCGGCUCAAACCAACCAAAUCAACUUUGUUCGUGCUGUUGGUGGUAUUGUUGACAGUUGUGGUAUGGAACUUCCUCACCUAUCGCUCCUUCAACAGGAGACAUUUUGAUCAGAUUCGAGAAAAGGAAGCUUAUUUCAUCAGCAAAUUAUCACAUUUGGAAAGAGAUAUAAAAGAGGAAGUGACUGCUAACGCAGAGCUCUUAGACAGGCUAAGAAAAGCAAACCCCUUCAUCAACCUACCCAAAGGCAAGGAAGGAGUUUUUCCAGUUUUAGUGAUAGCAUGUAACCGUGUGUCAGUCAACAGAGCUUUAGACAAGUUGUUAGAGUACAGAGUCAAUGCUACCAAGUUCCCUAUUGUGGUUAGCCAGGAUUGUGCUCAUGAGGACACGGCUAAAGUUAUACUGCAAUAUGUCACCUCUCACAAUAUUUCAUUGGUCAAACAACCAGAUACCUCAGAGAUUGCUGUUCCCAAGGCUCACAGUAAGCUGGUCAGCUACUACAAAGUGGCCAGACACUUCAGAUGGGCCCUUGAGCUGAUGUUUGUCCAUCUGGAUUUUAAUGCAGUCAUCAUUGUUGAAGAUGAUAUAGAAAUAGCGCCAGAUUUUUAUGAAUAUUUCUCUGCCACCUACCCCCUCCUGCAUGCGGAUCCAAGCCUGUACUGCAUUUCAGCCUGGAGUGACAACGGCAUGGAGGGAAAGGUCUCUGGUGAACCAGGCCGACUGUAUAGAACAGAUUUUUUCCCUGGUCUUGGCUGGAUGCUGGAGAAAAGUUUGUGGUUGGAACUGAGAGAAACCUGGCCGGCCACGUUCUGGGAUGAUUGGCUUCGUGCUCCUGAUCAACGCAAAGGGAGGCAAUGUAUUCGUCCUGAAAUUAGCAGGACCAAAACUUUUGGCUCAAAGGGUGUCAGCAAUGGGGCCUACUACACCAAAUACCUGCAGCAUAUCAAGCUGAACACGGAGUUUGUUCCCUUUACACUGCUCAACCUAUCCUACCUAGAGCAGGUGACGUACAACCAGACGUUCACUAGCCAGGUGUACAGCGCACCCCUCCAUGAGGACCCUGACGUAGUGUUCCAUCCCCUGGCCAACAAUGAUACGGCCGUACGGUUUGAGUACUCGGACAAACCACGUUUUGUCAAGCUGGCCGGGACAUUUGGUGUUAUGGAGGACUUUAAGGCAGGUGUAGCCAGGACGGCGUACAAUGGCGUGGUGACCUUCAUGCACAAGGGGAAGAGGGUCUACCUUGCCCCACCCCCCAACUGGGGGGGAUACAAUGUUUCCUGGUACUGAAACUCUGAUCCUCCAGGACCUGUUGGUCAUUCAUGUCAAGUUCUUGUAAGUCAUGUCAUUUACCUGUAUGUCAAUGAUCACAGAUAAUGUAUUGUCAUCUCAUGCUUCUGUGUGCUGCAACUUAAGUACAACUUCAAAUGACAUGUUAGGCUGACCUACUGGUCAAGUACAACUUCAAAUGACAUGUGUAGUUAGCUGACCAAGUGACUUGUGUUGGUCAAGCUCCACAUGUAAAAUAGCUGAUUUAUACAGGUCUACAUGAAAAUUCUAUCAAACAAUGAAAACAAACAGCUAAUGUUCAUGGAAAGGUGGUCAUGACAACAAUGAAAACAAACAGCUUAUGUUCAUGGAAUGGUGGUCAUGACAACAGCUUGUGAGUUGUUGGGUACGGUGGUGCUGGUUGUAUUGUCAGAUGUCAUAGGUUUGUCAUCUAAAUGUCAGAUGUCAUAGGUUUGUGGUUAAAAUGUCAGCUUUUUGCCUCAGAUUUUUAUUAAAAAUGUCACUUUUAUAGUAUGUGAUCAAAAUGUCAGUUUUUUGCCAUAGUUUGCGAUCAAAAUGUCAGUUUUUGGCCAUAUUUGUGUGAUCAAAAUGUCAGCUUUUUGCCAUAUUUGUGAUCAAAAUGUCAGCUGUAAGCCAAUCACCUGACAUAGCAAGGUUGUGAUAUUUUAAGAUUGACCAAAUAAUUAAUGUUGAUAAAAAACUAUUUAUUGCCAAUGUUUGUGUUGAUGAUAUGAAUAGUUUAUUGAAUACUUUUUGAUGACCUAUUGAAUAGUUUAUUGAAUACUAUUUGAUGACCUAUUGAAUAAUUUAUUGAAUACUAUUUGAUGACCUAUUUAAGAGUGGGUGUUACUGCUACUUUUUACAUUUUUUUUUUUUUUAAUGAAAGAUUUAUUUUUAGAAUGUAUUUUACUUGAAUCAUUCCCCUAUUUACUUUUUUAUUGAACUAUUUAAAAAAUGAAAUCCUUUUCACUAUACAAUAUGUAGUCAUCUAUUUUUCUUCCAUUUAACCACACUAGCAUAAUGAACCAGUUUUAUUUCUUAUGAAAUGUCCACUGUCCCAUCUUUUAUGAAAUGUCCAGUCCCAUCUUUUAUGAAAUGUCCACUGUCCUAUAAAAUGUCCACUGUCCUAUAAAAUGUCCACUGCCCUAUAAAAUGUCCACUGUCCUAUAAAAUGUCCGCUGCCCAAAAAAUGUCCACUGUCCUAUAAAAUGU